UGCAAGGAGAGUGUGCAAGGAGACAUGAAGGGCUGGACAUCACAAAUGUGAGAGGAAAGUAACAGAGAGAGUGUGACACAAGGAGGAGAAAGGGAGGAGUAGAGGAAGGACUGCACUUCUCUCAUUGGAUCUGCCGGGCUCUUUCUUGGCUAACAGUUACUGCUCUCUGUUCUCCAAUAUCAAACUGUUCAGACCCAGCAAGAAGCUCAACGACCCUCCAGACCAUUGUACUGCACCACCUCACAGUCAGCACCAUUUACUUCCACAGGGAGCUGCGACUGACUACUCCAUUUAUUGGGAUUCAUCAAAAACUUUUACAAACUUUUCCUAGAUUUUUGUUUGUAUAGGAGGUAGGAAGACCAUGUCACCAAAGGGUGGCGUUUGGCCCUUGCUUCUGCUGUGGGUCACACCUGGGCUUCUUUCUCGAGAACCUCAACCAAGUGAGUAUGACUACGUAGGAUUCCAGCCAGAAAUGGUUCGUCACUACCAAACUGGAAGGUUUUAUUCCCGAACGCCUCAGUGCGUGGACAUUCCCCAGGAUUUAGCACUGUGCCAUGGAGUGGGGUACCACAAGAUGGUACUGCCCAACCUUCUCGACCAUGAGACCAUGGUAGAGGUGAAGUACCAAGCCAGCAGCUGGGUUCCUCUGUUGAGCAAGAACUGCCACCCGGGCACACAGAUCUUCCUGUGCUCCCUCUUUGCCCCGGUCUGCCUGGAGCAGCCUCUCUACCCAUGCCGCUGGUUAUGUGAAGAGGUCAGAGAUGCUUGUGAGCCGGUCAUGCAGUACUUUGGCUUCCCCUGGCCAGAUAUGCUUCGCUGUGAUCAGUACCCACGGGAGGACGUUUGCAUUGCCUCACCAAAUGCCACCCAAGCCCCACGUCCACGAAAGUCGGAGGUGUGUCCACAGUGCGACAGCGAGAUAAAAGCCGAUUCUCUCUAUGAACACAUGUGCGCCAGUGAAUUUGCCCUGAAAGUUUCCAUCCGGGAGGUCAAGAAGGACAAUGGAGACCGCAAGCUGCUCCUACGUAAGAAGAAAGCACUGAAGAAAGGUCCUAUCCAGAAGAAGGAUUGGGGAGAGCUUGUCCUCUUCUUGAAGAAUGGAGCUAAUUGUCCAUGUCCUCAGCUGGAGCAGUUGAGUGGUCAGUUCUUGGUCCUUGGUCGGAAAGUGAAGAACCAGCACAUUCUCACUGCCAUCCACAAAUGGGACAAAAGCAACCGAGAGUUUAACCGAUUCAUGCGUAAAGUGAAAAAGAGCAAGUGUCCAAAACCUCACUCUGUCUUCAUGUGAGGAUCCUUCCUCUUUAAAGACACAACAAGGUCUGAGGGGGCUGGGACUCUGCAGCAGAUCAGAGUGAUGAGAUGGCGCUGAGAGGGGAAGAAAAAAUUCACCCUCUCUCUAAAUCUUACGGACAUUGGGGAGGGGGCAUCUAAUGAUAAGACUCUGGGACUGCCCAAAAACCACGGUAAUAAUUGUCAUUCACGAAAAGGAAAAUGAAUUGUGAAUUUCCAAGUCAUCCAGUGACAAAUCACCCCAGUCUAGUCUUAGAAUUAUCUAUUAACAAGGCUUCUAUCUCUUUUUACAUUAAAGAUCUUUCUUUAGUCCCUAAUUCUAUAAUAAUUACAGGAGACACAUUCAUUCACUUAUCCAUUUGAUCUGGGUUGAAGUUUUCCCCACUGGCCAUAUGAUCAUGAAAUAUAGACGAUAUAUAUUCUACCAGCAAAGGGGUUGUCCAUAAACGGCACCACUCUUGGUAAUGUACUGUGUUUGGUAUUGCAGCUCAGGUUGUAGACCAAAGGAUCACCAGACUUAAAGGGGCAUUCCCACUUUAGACAGCAUGCUUGGCUCUUCCUGUGAAUGGGUUAGCAGCGGACAUGCAUGGCCAUUUCAUUCUCACUUGGAUGCAGGGCCUGCCUCCCAGGGGUGUAGCUAUAGGGGGUGCAGAGGUAGCAGUGGCUACCGGGCCCAGGAGCCUGAUGGGGCCCAAAGACCCUUGUGCCUCAUAAGAAGACACCGGUAUUAUAGAAAGUGCAUGCUGGUCAAGUUACACCUGGCUGGAGGGAAGGGGUUAGGUCAAGAAUGUGACAUAAGGGAUAUCUGCUUUCCUGCCUCUGGCCACAAACCACUGAGGGAAGGGGGGCCCAAGCUGAGCUCUUACACCAGGGCCCAUGAGCCUUUAGCCCUUGCUGCCUCAGCAGAUGGGACAGGGGUCAGGGGACUCCUGUUCUGGAGAUAGUUGUGGGACAUGCAUCUUUGAGACAUUUAUGGCAUAUCCAAUGGUUAUGUCAUAGAUGUCUAAGGCGGUAAUAUAACUUUAUAGUAAGGAUCUGCUAAUAGGGCAUGCAGACCAUAGAUGGGGACUCUUGGAUAGAGGGUUCCCAGUCCUUCUUGGACCCAUCCCUUUUGCUUUUCAGUCAGAUUACCUUCUACAGAGUUAGUUAGCAAACAAGAUGGGGGAAUUGGCCCAGGGGUCACGGAAAGGCAAUUGGAGGGGGAAGCAAACACCAGGGCCCUGUGUUCUGGGUGGUAGAAUCAUCCAUUUGGGGGUCUCUUUUUGAUCUAUGCUGUGGCGCCGCUUUCCUAUAUAUGCGCCACUUCACACAAAUAUGUAAAACUACCCAUACACAUUCAGUAAGACAGCUAUCUCUCCCAACUCUCUCUCGGCUUUCCCAGACACAUACACGACAUGUAUGCGUAUUCUUCUGGUGGCGGCUUAUCUCCCAGGAGAACAAAAUUUAUUUCACCUGAUCCAUGUCUCCUCCGACAUCAUCUGUUGGGGGAGAGUAGGGAGCUUCCCACACAUUAGUACAUCAUCCAAACCCGCCGUUCUCAGAAGGUUCUGUUGACAAAAGCCUAAUGUGUAUGAUCCGCUUAAGUGUUUCUGAGAUAGGUGAGUGAUGAUGAUGUUCUGAAAUCUGGAAUUCCUGUCAAUCAUCGCCUUGAGGAAAACUCUCUCGCGUCUGAAAUAGCUGCUUAGACAAUUACGUGUGCAAUUAGUGUAUUUUAUGGUUAGUGGCCCUUUAAGAACAUUUUAAAUGCGCUCGCACAGGCUUAUUUUUAAAUAGCGUUUCUGCUCCAUUAACUUGCGAGUGGAUUUGUAAUUCAUGAGGACAGAUUACGGAGCGGUAUUGCAAAACUUAUAUUUUUCAUUAUGUUAGUAAUAUCCUGGCCGCGGGUGCUCUCUAAUAAAUGGACUACUGUAUUCAGUAAUCUCAGACAUUGCAACAUGACCCAUUUUCCCCAGGACAAAAUGUUCCGCUUCCUGUUUUCCUGCUGAUUUUCCAAAUGAUUUACCCCGUCCUGGUUAAAAUAAUUGAUGUUAGAGAGGGAAGCCGGAAGACAUUUUUAUAUCAUGUUA